AUGGGGGAUUUUGAACAAUGGCGUGAUGAUGCAGAAGUAUUUGGUGAAACAUCAACCGUUGUGUCAGAAAAUCCAGCCAUUAAUGCUGAGAUUCCAGCUGUUGAAUCGGAACCUGCAGAAAAUGCAGAGAAUGAAGAAACUGCAGAAAAUGCAGAGAGUGAAGAAAUUGCAGAAAAUGAAAUCUCUGCUACAAAGAUUGUUGAAACAGUGGAGGUUGCCUUGCCUCUACCCGUUGCAGAAAAGGAGAUUGAAGCCGCACAGGAUGUUAGUGUCAAAGAAUUGGGGCGUGGACAUCGUGAGAAACAAGUUUCCACACGCCUUAAAGACUUUGUCUUACAUACAGUUCAUGACAAAGACGAUCCACUAGAAGUCACUGUGGAAUUUACAGAUGAUAUCAAUUAUCCUCUGUCUGAUUAUCUAGAUAGUAGUCGUUUCUCACAAAGUCAUCGAGCACUUCUUGCUGCGAUAACAGCUGGGACAGAACCUACUCUGUUUCGAGAUGCUGUAGUUUACGAAGUUUGGUGUGAUGCGAUGAAAGUAGAGAUUGGAGCUUUGGAACUGAAUAAGACGUGGGAUUUGGUAAAACUACCGCCUGGAAAGCGAGCAAUAGGCUGUAAAUGGGUGUACAAGAUCAAGUAUCGGUCAGAUGGUACGAUCGAGAGGUACAAGGCACGUUUAGUAAUACUCGGAAACAAUCAGCAAGAAGGUGUUGAUUACACUGAGACUUUUGCUCCAGUCAUUAAGAUAACGACGAUUCGAGUAUUCUUGGGUGUUGCAGCAGCAAAGAAAUGGGAACUCCACCAAAUGGAUGUGCAUAAUGCGUUUUUGCAUGGAGAUCUCGAAGAGGAGGUGUACAUGAAACCGCCUCCUGGUUUUAGAAACGAUGAUCCGACUCUUGUUUGUCAAUUGAGAAAAUCGCUUUAUGGGCUUAAGCAAGCUCCACGGUGUUGGUUUGCAAAGCUACGAGAUGCUCUUAAGAAGUAUGGUUUUCUUCAGUCAUACGCUGACUACUCGCUUUUCUCAAGGACCAAAGGAUCAUCGGAAAUGUACGUAUUGGUAUACGUAGAUGAUCUCAUCAUAGGUGGGAAUGAUUCAUCUGCUAUUGCUGAAUUUAAAAAGUAUUUGGGACAAUGCUUUCACAUGAAGGAUCUAGGUCCUUUGAAAUACUUCCUUGGUAUUGAAGUAGCACGAAAUCCAGAAGGGAUUUUUCUUUGCCAACGAAAGUAUACACUGGACAUCAUUGGUGAAGUCGGCUUGUUGGGAGCAAAACCGGUGGCGCAACCUAUUGGACAGCAACACAAGUUGGCAUUGUCUGAUAGUCCGUUACUUGGCUCUCCGGAGAAGUAUAGGCGGCUGGUUGGACGUCUUAUAUACUUGAAUGCAACACGACCAGAUCUGACUUAUCAUGUUCAUGUGCUGUCGCAAUUUAUGCAGUUUCCGCGGUUUGAUCAUUGGGAUGCUGCUUUGCGUGUGGUGCGAUAUCUGAAGGGCACGCCUGGACAAGGGAUUUUGUUAAGCUCUGCUUGUGAAAUGAAGUUACAUGGCUGGUGUGAUUCUGUUUGGGGAGGAUGUCCGUUAACAAGACGCUCUAUUAGUGGUUGGUUUGUGACUCUUGGUGACUCACCUGUGUCAUGUAAAUCGAAGAAACAAGACAUUGUUUCUCAUUCUUCAGCUGAGGCGGAGUAUAGAUGUAUGUCAAAGACAUUAGAUGAGCUGAAAUGGCUGCAUCAAUUACUCAAUAGUUUUGGCGUGAAACAUGAUGGUCCGAUGGAUUUGCAUUGUGAUAAUCAAGCGGCGUUGUAUAUCGCAGCUAAUCCGGUGUUUCACGAACGAACAAAACAUGUGGAAAUGGAUUGUCACAGUGUUCGCGAUGCAGUGCAAGAUGGGACGAUUGUCACACGCAAAGUGAAAACAACCGAUCAACUCGCCGAUGUGUUUACAAAAGCACUUGGAUGUCGUGAGUUUGAAUUGAUCAUGUCCAAGUUGGGAACUCGUAAUCUGCAUUCUACCAAGUUCCAACUUGGGGGGGUGUUGGACUGA